AUGAGGACAAUGUUAUCCUUAUUAAAAAUAAGGAAAGUUGGACUAUUCGGUGGCACUUACGUCUCUGACGAUCAGCCUAUUUCGCAUGUUUCAGGUGGUUUGCAAGAAGGGGCACAUCCAUAUGGCGAUAGCCAGACUGAUACUUCUACCGAAAAACCUGAUGUUGCCAGUCAAUUGCCCGGUGAGGCGCAUUUAGUUUCUAACUCUAACUCGAAUGCAGUUCUUUCGUCAACUUCAGAACGUCAAGACACCGGAGCUGAAACAGAUGAGCACCACUCUAACAACCAAGAUGAAGACGUCGACGACACAAUGCUGUCUCGUCUUUAUAUCGUUGCUUCGGAGGGUUUCAAGUUCCCUGCUUCUCGAUCCAUUACUCGUCGAGUGCGUCAGCUUUCUCUGUGCGAUUCUUCCGAAGUCCUCAUGUCCCAAUCACCCAUUGGAGUCUGUUGCACUGGUUUUCGCGAGAUGCAGGGUUGGGCUUGGGUAUUAGGAUCAUCAAAUAGUUGUAAUCUCACUGCUGAGUUAAGGCCAGAGGAUUUUUUAGAAAUAUAUGCGUCUCCAUACGUCUUUAGACCAGAAGAUGACAUAGACUCGCAACUUCGCAGGCUGUCCGAGCUUGAACCGAGCACAAUUUCGACAGACACCUUGACCAAGGACGCUCAGCCCUCUGCACCUUCUAUCUCUCAAGCUUCGACCACUUCUGCAAAUAUAGAAUCAACUGGCGCUGCAGUUUCAUCUUACCUACAAUGUUCACACCCUUUGGCUUGUAUGAAUCUCAUGCCAUCGACAGGAGCCAUUUCACCUCCUUCCACGGCACCGGCCACUGCCUCAUUAUUAGGUCAUGUGCCAGCUCAAGCGGCUGCUCCCUUCAUACCACCUGGAGCAACACUGCUGCCCGCCGUGCUCGCUUAUCCGACUGCCUAUCUGCCGCCCAAUUCAGCGUCAUCUCAAGGAUGUGCCCCCUGGAUUCCCAUAGCUCAACUUUUGCAAUCAGGCGGCACUGGUUUCAUUGGUCCUACACCAACCGCAGGUCCUGUUACUCCUGUCGCUCCGGUUUUUUCGCAGUCUUCGAAUGCUGCAUCUACUACCGGCAAAACUACAUGUACUGCGACGAGUAUAUCCACAACUAUUUGCGCACCAAGUUCGGCCCCAGUGACCCCCUUGCUUUUACCUCCCUCCGCUCCCGGCUUCUUUCUCUAUCCUGCGGGAGUCAACGGAGAGCUUCACGCCUUGCCAGUGGCUCCAAUUAACCCAACUGUCGGUCCUCUCUUCCCUGGACCUCCUGCAGGAUUGCUUAACGUGCCUUUAGUGCCACCCCCUAGGCCUCCCCUUCCACAACCACAGCUGAUUCGGUCUUCAGAUGGUAAUACCGAGGAGGGUACUAGGAAGACAGUGGAGUCUGUGACCUCUGGACCUUCGAAGGACAAAACACCAACCUCAUCCGGUUUUUUUCCGGCCCAUUAUGAUGGACAGCAUCCCACGCACAUUGGAGGGAUGUGCAUCCAGAUCACAUCCGGUCUGACCGCUAAUCCGAUAAUUCUGUUCUACUUUUCAAUUAUUGAAACUCUCACUAGGCUAAACGGUAUCGAACCUUAUCCACUGGUGCAAAUUCCUCGCGCAUCGAAGAGCCUCAUGUUGGUUUUCUUUUCACCAAAGGAGAAGGAAAUAACAGACUGCGGACGACCUCCGACUGCCAGUAAGUCGUCUCUUCGUAGUUAUUGUCAUCGAAUUUUCAUUUGGAUACGUGCCUUCUUUCGUUCGGCACUGGCCAACGCUUUGUUUUAA